UCGCUCUCUGUGUGUGUGUGUGUGUGUGUGUGUGUGUGAGUGUGUGCAAUGUAUGGGAGCAUCUGGUGCCACAAUCUAAAUCUGAGCAGCCGCAAUCUGGCCAUUGCCCUGGUUGUCUGUGUGACGCUCGUCUACUUCUCGUACAGCUUCAAUGCCUGCAUCCUGGCCAGCAUCAGCCGCAGCCUGCAGGAGCAAUCAUUUUUCCACAACCAGAGCACCCUAAGCAAUUUGCUGAUGCUGCAGGUGCGCAAUGAUAGCGACACAGUUGCCACUGUGGCCACAGCGGCAAGCACAGCGAUUGAUGUUGUUGCCACCAAUGCCAGUGCCAAUGGCGUGAGCACUGCCACCAAUUUGAGUACAACCGCCAGCACCAUUGAUUUUAGCGCUGGACUUGCCAGCGUCGAUGGUGCACCCAAAUAUCAAAUGUUGCGUCAACAGGGAUUGCGCCCAUCCCGCCAUCUGCCCGACACGCUCAUCAUUGGCGUGAAGAAGAGUGGAACGCGGGCCCUGCUCGAGUUCAUUCGACUGCAUCCGGAUGUGCGAGCCGCCGGCUCCGAGGUGCACUUCUUCGACAGGCACUAUCAGCGCGGAUUGCGCUGGUAUCGCCAUCACAUGCCCUACACCAUCGAGGGCCAGAUCACCAUGGAGAAGACGCCCAGCUAUUUUGUCACAAAGGAGGUGCCGCAACGCGUUUAUCACAUGAACACCGCCACCAAAUUGUUGAUCGUGGUGCGUGAUCCGGUGACUCGGGCCAUUUCGGAUUAUACGCAGGCGGCCAGCAAGAAGGCCGAUAUGAAGCGGUUCGAGCAGCUGGCGUUUGUCAAUGGCAGCUAUUCGGUGGUGGAUACCAACUGGGGGCCAGUCAAGAUUGGUGUCUAUGCCCGUUUCCUGGAGCAUUGGCUACUCUACUUUCCGCUAUCGCAGCUGCUGUUCAUAAGCGGCGAGAGACUGAUCAUGGAUCCGGCAUAUGAGAUUGGACGCGUUCAGGACUUUUUGGGCCUGAAGCGUGUGGUGACCGAAAAGCAUUUCUAUUUUAAUGCCACCAAAGGAUUUCCGUGCCUAUUCAAAUCGGAGGCACGAUCCACGCCCCACUGUCUGGGCAAGACCAAGGGACGAAACCAUCCGCAUAUCGAUACAAAUGCGAUUGAUCGACUCCGAGAGUUUUACCGGCCGUUCAACAAUAAGUUUUAUCAAUUAACUGGCAUUAAUUUUGCCUGGCCCUAAGCAAAAGCCAGCCAACCAACCGCGACAGAGACAAAAUUGGAAACUGAGAAAAAGAUACGGAUAGAGAGACAGAGACAGAGAGAGACAGAGAGAGAGAAAGAGAGAGAGAGAGAGAGAGAUGUGAGUUGUUGCGCUGAAGCUAUUUGGCAACAGACUGAUAUUUGUUGAUUGCAUUUUUUGUAAACAUAUUAUUGUACUUAUACUAUCUACAUACAUACAUACAUACAUACAUACACCUAGCA